CUCCCACUGUGUGUGUUAGAGAGACGUACAGAGAUCUGGUACAGCUUACAUUGCUUGACUUUUCAAACCUGUUUUUCCCUGAACCUUUGGAGGUUUUUAGCAAGGUUCUUAUGGAGGUACCUUCUUGGAAGAAAGGAACAUAAACCAAAUUUCCAGAAGAAGCCCCGAAACCUGCAUCGAUCUGGUCAGGCUUGUGAGAACUGGUUUUCCAGGGAGAUGAAUGCUGAUUUGCAAAACACCAACUCCAAGCCAAGCCAUUGCUUUCACAGGAACGUCCCAAGAUUCCCGGAGUUCUGAAAGCAUCUCCCUGGGAUUACACAACUGCAGUUAUUCAGUUGCAGGGGAAAGCUUCUAUGAAUGCGACUCAACCUUAAGAGAUUUUUAAUAUAAGUUGCUGCCAGGCUUCUGUAACCAUGAGGACAAUCGCUGUGGAUUAUCUUUUGCUAUUAGCUGGAGCAAUGUGUGCGGCUGGCUCUAUUCAAGCAGCUUCCACAAAUGAGGAUGAUGUCACUCCACGGAUCAGCUUUCAGUACAAUGAUAAGGAGAGGACUGCCAAGAGGUUCUCCGCAGAGGGGGUGUUCAAUUACACCUCACUGCUGUUGAGUGAAAACGACGACGUUCUUUAUGUUGGUGCGAGAGAGGCUCUGUUUGCGCUGAACAUCUCUGAUUUUGGAAACAGCAAGCUCCACAGGAAUUUGACAUGGAAAACUCCAGAUCACAAAAGAAACGAAUGCAGUUUUAAAGGAAGGAACUUACAGACGGACUGUUUCAAUUAUAUCAAGAUCUUUCUCCAGAUGAACAGCACUCAUCUCUAUGUGUGUGGAACUUAUGCCUUCAGUCCCCUCUGUGCUUAUAUAAGCAUUUCAGAUUUUUCUUUGGUGCAAAACACGCUGGGGGAUGUUGCUACAGAGGACGGGCGAGGUCGAUGCCCGUUCGACCCUGAAUACAAGUCCACUGCCAUUAUGGUUGAUGGAGAGCUCUACUCCGGGACAGUCAGUAAUUUCCAGGGAAAUGAACCGACUAUUUACAAGAGUCUGGGCCCAGGGACCCCCAUUAAAACGGAGAACUCCCUCAACUGGCUUCAAGAUCCAGCGUUUGUGGGUUCCGCUUAUAUCCAAGAAAGUCUUCCGAAGGGAAACUCGGUGGGAGAUGAUGAUAAAAUUUACUUCUUCUUCAGCGAAACGGGGAAGGAGUUUGAUUUCUUUGACAACACAAUCGUCUCCAGGAUUGCCAGAGUGUGUAAGGGUGAUGUGGGUGGAGAGCGAGUGCUGCAGAAGAGGUGGACCACCUUCCUGAAAGCCCACCUCCUGUGUUCCCUCCCAGACGACGGCUUUCCCUUUAACAUCAUCCAGGACAUGUACGUGCUCACCCCUGGGAAGCAGGACUGGAAGAGCACCGUCUUCUAUGGGGUCUUCACCUCUCAGUGGUACAAGGGUGCGGCUGGUAGCUCUGCUGUGUGUGCCUUCACCAUGGAGCAGGUGGAGAACGCCUUCAACGGGCGAUACCGCGAGGUGAACCGUGAGACGCAGCAGUGGUACACCUACAACCACCAAGUACCUGAGCCCAGACCUGGAGCGUGCAUUACCAACUUGGCGAGGAAGAUGGACAUCCCUUCCUCCCGUGACAUGCCAGACAAAGUUUUGAAUUUCGUUAAGGACCAUUUCCUAAUGGACGGGGUGAUCAGGAGCCAGCCUCUGCUUCUCAAGAGGAAUGCCCGAUACACUCAGAUCGUUGUCCACAGGGUCCAGGGCAUCGACCAGGCGUACGAUGUCUUGUUCUUGGGCACCGAUGACGGCAAGCUGCACAAAGCGAUCAAUGUGAACAACAAGAUGCACAUCAUCGAAGAGAUAGAGUUGUUCGACAAGCCCCAGCCGGUGCAGAACAUUAUACUGGACUCCAAGAAGGGCCUGCUCUACAUCUCCUCAUACACCGGGCUGGUGGAAGUGCCGGUAGCAAACUGCAGUAACUAUCAGAGCUGUGGAGAGUGCUUCUUAUCAAGGGACCCGUACUGCGCGUGGAGUGGGAGGAGGUGCAGGGAUGUGCGACAGGCUUCCCCAAACAGUCGCUGGAAGCAGGAUGUGGAAGACGCGCACACAGAGCCAGACUGCAAUGGCUCAUUAGCCAGUCCCCGCACUGUGAAGACUACAGGUGGGUCCCAAUGCCAGACUUUUGUUUUACCGCCCAACACUUUUAAAAUCCUGCCCUGUAAGCUGAGGUCGAACCUGGCCACUCGGAAGUGGGUUUACAGCCCGAGUGCCAGUAACUCCACUUACGUCAGCCCUGACGGCGGCCUGGUGGUGGUGGCUAAUGCAGAGGAGAAGCGGGAGGCUUACGAAUGCUGGUCCAUCGAAGGGGGGUUCCGGCAGCUGCUUGCCAGCUACUGCGUGGAGGCAGAGACCACUGCAAUGGAAACCCCCACCUCCACCACCUCCACCACCAGGACCACAACCCUUCUCAUGGCCGAGGACAAAUACAUCCUCUUGCCCAGUGAGAACCGGUCCGCGCAAGACAGUGUCAGGACCUACUGGAACGAGCUGCUCAUCGUGUGCAUCCUCCUGGGGGUGACCGUGCUGUGCUUCACCCUGUUUCUGAUCUACCGGAACCGGCAAAGCAUGAAGACCUUCCUGAAGGAAGGCGAGUGCUCCAGCAUGCAGCAAAAGAAGCAGCGAAUGGCAGGGAAGCCGGCUGAGAGUCUGCCCCUCAACGGGAGCACCAUGCCCACCUCCAUCUCCACCUCCGAUCACAAGGGAUACCAGACCCUGAACGACAACUACAUCUGCAGCACGCCCUCGCACGGGUCACCGGAGAACAGCAAGGAGUUCACGGAGUCCGAGAAGAGGCCGCUGAACCUCAAGGAGAGCCACGUGGAGAUCUCCCCCACCUGUCAUAAGCCUCGUGUGAGGCUGGGAUCAGAGAUCAGGGACUCCAUAGUGUGAAGAGACACUGUGGUGUUAAUACUCAACCAUAGGACCAACUAACGAACAAAGUGAUAGAGCAUCAUUGUUCUUCUGAAUUUUAAAAUGACAGGGAGCCUGUUCAAGGAAUGGUGGUGGUGACAUUACAAAGGAGGAUGUCCUUUUCCCCAUGGUUAAUUACUUCAGCAGCAGUUUCUUUCUUUUUUUUUUUACGAGGAGCCAAAUGUUUCCAA